AUGCUUGAAGCACUCGCCAAAACAGGUGCCUCUACGGAGAUCACCAAGCCGCUUCUCUUGGUCUGCGUCUAUGCAUCUCUCGGAGGAAUAGGUUUUGGAAUGGACUACAACUACUGGUCCGGCUUCCUGGGCAUGGCACAGUUUGCCAAAGACUUCGGCGUCUACAACGAAGUUACUGAUGAAUGGUAUAUCCCGUCUACAUGGCAGUCAGCAGCAACAGGAACGCCAACCGCCGGGCUCGCCCUCGGAGCCCUGGUCUCCGGCGUGAUUGGGAACAGAAUCGGCCGGGUAAAGACGUUCCUCGUGUCAGCCGUUAUUGGUGUUGUCGGGAUAUUAAUUCAGGCGUGUAGCUUCGGUAGCUAUUGGCAGUUCAUGGUCGGCAGAAUUGUGAACGCCGUUUCAUUGGGAAUUGUCUGCAAUGUCGUCCCAGCCUACCAAAGCGAAUGCGCCCCCUUCAAAAUUCGCGGCUCUCUCAUAAACACAUACCAGUUCUCCCUGCUGGUCGGCGGAACCCUCAUCCAAACCGCAAACUGGGGGCUCCACGAACGGACAGACCAAUGGGCCUACCGCGUCGUCAUACUCCUGCAGUUCAUCGUGCCAAUAGUCCUCCUCAUCGGCGCAUUCGUCCUCCCCGAGUCCCCGCGCUGGCUAGUAGGCAAGGGCCGGCGCGACGACGCCGCCAAAGUCCUGCACCUCCUACGCCGCGGGACACCACACGACCUCAUCGAGCAGGAGGCAGAUCUGCUCUACCUCUCCGAGCAGGAACAGCAGGCUCUGCACGGCUCCGUGUCAUGGCUCGAUUGCUUCAAGGGCCCGAAUCUCCGACGCACCGCUAUCGCGACGGGGAUGCAGUGCAUGCAGCAGACGCAGGGGAGCGGGUUCAUGUCAAACUACCUCGUCGUCUUCCUGCAGGGGAUCGGGAUUACGAACGAGUACCGGACGAGCGUGCUCAUGACCUUCACGAACAUGAUGUCGUGCGCGUUUGCCUUCUAUUUCGUUGAUCGGUUGGGACGCAGACCGCUUGUGCUCGCUUCGACGGUCGUAAUGGGCGCAUCCAUGUUCGCUAUUGCCGGGGUGACGGGGUACGGCGACCAGCAGGCAAAUGCGAGCGGUGCGCUGGCGGGCCUGUUCCUUUGGCAGAUAUUUCAGGCAAUCGGGUGGUCAUCUUGCGUCUGGAUCAUAACAGCCGAAGUGCCCACCCUGCAACUCCGCGAGAAAACAAUAACCAUCGCGUCCUUCUCCGGCUUCGUCGUCAACGUGCUAGUCACCUACAUCAGCCCUUUCAUCCAGGAUACCGAGUACGCGGGCCUUGAAGGCCGAAUCGGGUUCAUCUACGGCGGGUUCUCGGUUCUCGCGCUAGUCUGGGCGUUCUUCGUUGUUCCGGAGCUUAAGGGGCGUAGUCUGGAGGAGCUGGACGAGCUCUUUGAAAAUCGGGUGUCCACCCUCAAGUUCCAGAGGUAUGAAUGUCAGGGGUAUGGGUCUCGGUUGACGAUGGCGGAGAAUGUGGCGCAUGAUGAGAGUGCCAGGAAGGAGUUUCUGAAGGUUGAGGGGGUGGAAGUUGAUGUUUGA